GCCCUGCGCUUUUCAUAACCGUUUGUUUCGCUUUGAGGACUUAGCGUGCUUUCCUAUGAUACCACCUCGAUUUAAUUAUGGAGCAAAGUGCACAACUCUUGGGAGGAUGGAGUCAUCCACCGCAGGAGGCUAAUUUGGGUGUCCAAGAAAUCUGCAACCAGGUUCGAAAGGCAGUCGAGGACAAGAUCAACGGAGGCCUGCAAUUUGGGCAGUUUGUAGCCAAAUUCUACAUCGAGCAGGUUGUCGCUGGAAUGAACUACCGCAUCAGAGUUCAGAUCAAUGACGUGUCUUUGAUUCGCAUCGAAGUGUUUCAAAGUCCGCUUUUGGACGGUGUGCAAGCUGCACCCGUGCUGGGUGAAGUCGCCGCUGAUGGUCCUCUCAAUAGCCAGCCAUUCUGAUGUGCAAUUCCUCAUGAAACUCAAUAAUAUCAAAUGUGACGACUUGGAGGUAAUACAUUUCUUCUAUCCUUUGCUAUUUAGAUUUCCGAAGUCACUGAUUUUACUUUUUGAACUUUUAGACUUCAUCAGCUGUAUCAGAUUUCGACUUGGAAUAUACAUGUACAUUAAUAUGCCAUUCUGAUCAAUAGACAGUAUCUGUAGAAGUACAUGUAGAUGUACAUGCCAUCACGGAUUCUUCACAAUAUACCGCAAAACACUGACUAACUUCGCAUAAUUAUAUCGUAUACUCUGAGUGGCAGAAAGGCUAAUGUGUAGGUUUUACCCGCAAUCCUA